AUGGUUGCCAUGUACACUGUUAUGGGCCGCCAGGUCGGAUCACACGUCCUGUCUAUGGCUACGCUCGGCGCGGUUUUUGCCAUCCCCUUCCUGUUGCCAGGUGGGAGCAAGAACAAGGACACAAGCACACCGUCUAUCAACGCUUCGAGCAAAGACGAGGAGAAGUUCAUUCAGGACUUUCUAAAGCAGAUCGAGCAAGAAGAGAAGGGAAAUAAAAUCUCGGGAAAGGAAGCGCACUGA